UAGCACAGGGGGCUUGGAGACAGGUCUCAUGGAUUGUAUUGCAGGCUCUGGGAGAGAGUGUAUUGUAGUGGUUAGAGCAGUGAGGUCUAGGAGCCAUGAGCAUUCUUCAGUCCUGGGAAUGGGGCAUGCUCUAGCACUGACAUUACUGGGGUCUAAUACAAGCUCCAGAAGACAAGCAGGUUCUAGGGUUCAGAUCAGGAUCAGGGAAUCAGGAUGUCUAGCCUCCAUUCCUGGAUCUGAGAGGGAAAUGGGAUCUAAUGGUUAGAGAGGAUUAGUAGGAAGAAAUUCUAGAUUCCUGGUUCUGCCAGUGACCAAACUGAAAUAUGCAAAUUCUUGUAUGAUAACUCCUUUUCCCUUCUUUAUAGACCAUUCUCCUCUCUGCUGCAGCCAGGUGAAGAUGUGGUCAUGGAGAAUCAAACCACACCAACUGAAUUCAUCCUUCUUGGAUUUCAUAAUAUUCAGGGGUUACAUUUCCUACUGUCUUGGGUUAUCUCCAUCAUCUACAUCUUCACCAUCUUGGGGAACAUGCUCAUCAUCUUCCUCUCCUUGGUGGAAGCAUGUCUCCAAACCCCAAUGUACUUCUUCCUGGGAAACCUCUCCCUCCUAGACAUCUGCCUGACCACCACCACUGUUCCCCAGAUGCUGGUGCACCUCGUCUCAGGCAGGAGCAGUAUCUCCUAUGCAAGGUGUGCAACACAACUCUACUUCUUCCUCUUUUUUGUGGGUGCUGAGUGCAUGUUGCUGGCCACCAUGGCGUACGACCGCUACAUGGCCAUAUGCAAACCCCUGCGCUACACGCUGCUCAUGAACAGGAAGUUUUAUGUUCUGCUGGUGUCAGUUUCUUGGCUUAGUGGUGCACUCAAUGCAGCCUUGCACACAUUCCUUACUAUCCACCUGCCCUUCUGUGAGGCCAACAGGAUCAACUACUUCUUCUGUGAUAUCCCACCACUGCUGGCUCUUUCCUGUGGAGACAUCUCAUUCAAUAUCACCAUGAUACUGGUCUCCAGCAUCUUCUUGGGGUGGAGCCCCACCCUGUGCAUUGGACUUUCAUAUGGGUACAUUGUUUCAAGGAUAGUGAAGAUACAUUCCCCUGAGGGGAGGAGUAAGGCCUUCUCCACCUGUGUGUCACAUCUCACUGCAGUCCUGCUCUACUAUGGAAGUAGUAUCUUCACCUAUGUCAGACCCCUCUCUAGCUACUCACUGGAUAAUGACAAGUUAAUUUAUCUGCUGUACAACAUCAUCACCCCCAUGUUAAACCCAUUGAUUUAUACUCUGAGGAACAAGGAUGUGAAGAGAGCCAUGAAAAAGGUCCUAGUGAGGAAAAUGUUCUUCUAA